GCAUCUGUAUACGUCAAAAGCCAAGCCGAUCUCGUCCGUUGAUAGAGCAUCAAGAAGAGAGACACUGUUUAACUGUCUGUUCCCUCUUCAUUAUCUCUCUGUUCUUUCCUUCCCUGCUCUUAUUCUGCUCCUCUCUGCUCUCUGGGGCCGCUGGUUUUCUUUCUUACUUUGCUGGAAAUCGAGAUUGAAUCGUUUUUAGGAUGCGAAACUCGCAUUAAUCUUGGCUGCAAAGCUUCCGAAGAUAGUUCCGGACGGUAUUCUUCUAAUUUUUUCCGCUAUUUUGAUUCAAAGAAGGAAGCUCGUGAUACAGAUUAUUGAAACUUCGUGGAUCUUCUAGCUGAUUUUUCUUCUCCUGAGAUCGUUCGCUCUCCCGUUUUUGUGACUUGAUACCGUUCAGAAAGCAGAGAUCCUUGUUUGGCUCCUUGGAGAACCGACAGUUGUUUGGCCUGGAAGAUUUCCGCAUUUGUAGUAGAGAAUGAGCUGUGGAAUCGUUUGCUUCUAUCAAAUUUAUUCCAUGUGUGCAACAAGAAGAGAUUUGUGUUAGCGCAUCAGGAAAGUAAAUCGUUCUUAUUCGUUGAGGUUUCUGUUCGUUAGUUAAAAUUUAUUGCUUUAAUUUGAGGUUGGGAUUAAAGUAAAGUUGAAAGCAGUGCUCCCAUCCCAAUUCUCUUUCCAACCGAUGUGAAAUUUCUCAAUCUCCAGAAACAAAACAACAAACUCUAGCCGAAUUUCAUCUUUGCGGUCUGCGAGGGAUUCUGUUUCGAGAGAAUUCCUGCGAGAUAGUUUGUUUAAUCUUCCCCAGAAAAAGAAGACGAAUAUUUCCUUUUUCAACGGAGAAGAUCAUUAAGUUUCCCUUCUGGCGGGAAUUUCUCAAUUUGCACUGGGCAGUUUCCCAAUCCAACUCGAAAUUAGAAAAGAAUGCUUGAGCAAAAAUAGAGACUGUGGUUGUCUAUGAGGGCAAUAAAACCUUGGAGAUGGCUAUCAAGAAGCAGAAAUGUCUCUUUUGAUGGGGGAACACAUGGGUUUAAGAUGAAACGGCUGCCUUUGGCAAUUUUGUGCGCAGUUACGUUGUUUAUUGUGUAUAGAACAACUAAUUAUCAGUAUCUACCUGCAGAGAUAGAAGAUGGAUUUCAUCCCUUCGGCACAGUCAAGGAUGCCGAACUGGCUUCUGCAAGUGUGGACUAUUUACCUCGUGGUAUCAUUCAAGCAAACUCAGAUUUGGAAUUGAAGCCUUUGUGGUUGGCAAGUCGCUCAAAGGUUGAUAUUCCUAGUUAUCGGAGCUUACUGGCAAUUCCAGCAGGAAUUAAACAGAAACAAAAUGUUGACACAGUUGUUCAAAAGUUCUUUGCAGAAAAUUUUACUGUUAUACUGUUCCAUUAUGAUGGUAAUGUCGAUGGUUGGCGGGAUCUAGAGUGGAACAACAAGGUCAUUCAUAUAGUCGCUCUAAACCAAACAAAAUGGUGGUUUGCUAAGCGUUUUCUUCAUCCAGAUGUCGUCUCCAUUUAUGAUUACAUAUUUCUUUGGGAUGAGGAUUUGGGAGUACAAAAUUUUCACCCAGGAAG